AUGUACUGCGUCACUACAGGUACGCCAGGGUCGUGUGGGAUCACAUUCUCCCAGAAGCGAGCUCCCUUACGGACAAUCGACCCCUCAACAAUUGGAUGCUUGAGUUCCUUUCCAGCCCCACCAAGUAGGUUCGCUUUGGUUUUACUUGCUGGUUUCUUUGGCAUGCACGGAAUGACUUCAUUUUCCAGAUAUCGUGGAAGAACCCAACAAGUUAUCGUAAAGGAUCCUAGCCCGGGAGGUCAUUGCGCAGCAGAGCAAGGCAGCGAACCAAGCUAUUUCAGUGGGGAGGUCGAAGUUGCGUCGAUACGUGGCUCUUGGGUGGAGACCGACUCCGAUAGGUUGGAUAGCAGUGAACUCCGACGGGUCAGUUCUGAGCCCAUCGGGGUUAACCGCUGCAGGAGGGGCGCUUAUAGACGGGCAUGGUCGCUUGUUGAGGGCGUUCCAUCACCCGUGCCGAGAUUUGGGGGGCUUUGCUAG